AUGGCUUGCAGAACCGCAGGUGGCAAUACUUCGCCGGAGAAGUUGUGGCAGUUUCUGCUGGCCAAACAAGAUGGCUGCGGUGAAGUGCCCCGGCAGCGCUGGGAACCGUGGCUGCGACGUGACUCUCGCAAUGCAAAGGAAAUAUCCAAUGCCAUCUCCAAAGGCUACUUCAUCCAUAACCUCGAAAACUUUGACGCAGCCUUCUUCGGCAUAUCCCCCAAAGAGGCAGAGCAGAUGGAUCCGCACCAACGUUUGGGCCUCGAACUCAGCUGGGAGGCUCUCGAAGACGCUGGGUUCAAUCCCGAGAGCCUUGUCGGCUCCAACACAGCAGUCUUUAUGGGCGUCGACUCCGACGACUACUCCCGUCUGCUUCUCGAAGAUUUACCUAAUAUAGAGCCUUGGAUGGGGAUUGGCUCAGCGCCUCACGGUGUGGCGAAUCGCAUUUCAUACCAUCUAGAUCUCAUGGGCCCUAGUACGGCCGUGGAUGCCGCAUGUGCAUCAUCGCUGGUUGCAGUUCACCUGGGUUGUCGGGCAAUCCAAAAUCUCGAAUCCGACGUCGCCAUUGUCGGAGGUGUGAAUGUCCUUCUGGCGCCGGCACUUACACUGAUGCUGGGUAAGGCUGGCGCGUUAUCUCCUGAAGGAGUGUGCAAGUCGUUUGACGAUGAAGCAAACGGCUAUGGCCGAGGAGAGGGCGGAGCAAUCAUCAUUCUCAAGCGUCUCAGUCGAGCCAUCGCUGACGGCGACAAUAUCAAGGCCAUCUUGAAGGGCUCUGCGGUCGCGCAGGACGGAAAGACCAACGGCAUCAUGGCCCCUAACUCAAAAGCGCAAGAAUUAGUGGCGAGGCAAGCAUUAGCUCAAGCAGGCGUAGAUCCCCUGAGCAUUUCUUAUAUCGAAGCCCAUGCCACGGCCACGAAACUCGGCGAUCCAACAGAGAUGGCGGCAAUCGCUGCCGUUUAUGGCACUGCUGCGGGACGGUCCGCUAGCGUUCCCGUUUAUAUCGGCUCAAUCAAGCCCAGUGUCGGCCACAUGGAAGCCGCGGCCGGUGCAAUUGGCCUGGUCAAGGCAGUGCUUGCUGUGAAUAAGGGCGAGCUGGCCCCUCAGACACGCCUGCAGAAGCUCAAUACUCGAAUCAACUGGGCGGAAGCCGGACUCAAAGUCGUGCAGGAGACGACAAAGUGGACAGAAGAAAAGAACCGACCACGGCGGGCUGCUGUGUGCUCUUAUGGCUAUGGCGGAACUGUAUCACAUGCCAUUGUCGAGCAGUUCGUUGGCAGUAACCCCGAGCCAGACAACACCAAUGCUGCGAACAGUUCGGCCCGUGUGCUCUUCCUCGUCUCAGUGCCCCAAGAGAAACGACUCGCAAAGCAAGCCAGAGCCGUUGCAGAGUGGCUGACAUCUCCUGCGGGCAAGCAAGUGAAUCUCGUGGCUGUCGCUAAUACUCUGGCUCAGCGCCGGAACCACCAUGACUAUCGGCUAGCUUUUGUCGCGGAUAGUCAUGAAACAGCUGCUGCUUGCCUUGAAGCGGCUGCAGAAGAUAGAACCGCGAUAGGCCAUUAUAUCUCAAAAGGUAACGUGCUAGGAGUAUCCAGCGACCAUGCACGCGCCGCAGUUUGGAUCUUCUCUGGACACGGGGCUCAAUGGAGGGAUAUGGGAAAGGAGCUUCUGCUUGACACCGCUUUUCGCCAAGCCAUUGAUCCACUGGAUGCUAUUGUGCAAAGCGAGGCAGGGUUUUCUAUUCUGGAAGCAUUGGCAACUGGUGACUUUCUGGAGAUGUCAGAACGUAUCCAGAUCCUCACCUAUGUUGUGCAAAUUGGUUUGAGCCGAGUGUUGAUGUCGAAAGGGCUGGUCCCCGAGGCUGUCAUUGGGCACUCAGUCGGUGAGAUUGCUGCAUCUGUUGUGGCAGUUGCAGACAUGAACACUCAAGGUACAAAAGCUGUUCGUGUCAAAACCGAUAUUGCAUUCCAUAGCCCUAUGCUUAACCAAAUAGUUGGCCCUCUUGAAGAGUCUCUAACAGAUGCUCUGCAACCUCGCCAACCUACCUUACCCAUCUACUCAACCUCAAACCGUAACGCGCGGACCAAAAGACUUCGAGACGUUAACUACUGGACUAAUAACAUGACUGGCCCGGUCUUUCUUAAAUCAGCAGUCAACGCUGCAGCCGAUGAUGGCUACCGCGUUUUCGUUGAGGUUUCAACACAUCCUAUUCUGCUCUUCUCGGCCAACGAGACGCUCCUAGAUCGAGGUCUUGACUACGGCGACAUGGCCACCCUCGCCACUAUGAAGCGAGAUACUUCUUUGGAUGCUGCAAUCAUGGAACUCACCGCAGAGCUAUACAUCAAAGGAGUAAGCAUUGACUUCGAGGCGAACAGCAGCUACAAAAGGAUUUGGUGUCCAUCUGUCCCAGGAACCUCGUGGGUGCACAAACCCUACUACAGACAUGUCGAGACAGGCUUCACUGGACAGGGGAGCUUGGAUGUCAGGAAUAAACAUGUGCUUCUUGGCCAGCGCAUCGUUGAUCCAAACACCAACAUAGUCCGCUACACUGCCGGAUUAAGCACCGCUACAAAGCCUUUUCCUGGUAAGCAUCCAUUAGAUGGUACCGAGAUCAUUCCUGCUGCGGUGUAUUUAAACACGUUUCACCAAGCCACGGGCGCAUUACUGCUAUCCAACGUCAACUUUGAUGUACCAGUAUCUUUGGGAAGCGAUGAACAAAUUGUGAGCGUCGUUGUGAAUGGCGAGCAAAUCUCGGUUCUUUCAACUCAACCCUCCUCGCUUGAAGUUAGCGGCCAUGAAACUUGGAUCACUCAUAGCUUAUGCUCAUGGUCCACAAUUGCUACACCUGAAAUGGCGAUGCAAACCAAGGCCAUUGACGUGUCUAUACUUCAAAACCGCAUUGGGGUGGUUUUACCCAACAGCUUUGCUACAGAUUAUUUGGCUAGAAUUGGUGUUGAGGGCAUCGCAUUUCCUUGGGAGGUCAUUGAGCACUAUGGUAAUGACUCUGAAAUGAUAGCCAAAGUUGAUAUGGAUCCAUCGGUCGGCUUUCUUUCGUGGGAUCAAGAAUCAUGGGCGCCUAUUCUUGACGCUGCAACUUCAAUAGGUUCUGCCAUCUUUUUCAAUGACCCUAGGAUGCGUAUAGUGUCAAAGAUGGACCAUCUGUAUUUCUAUUCUUCGGGGUCUCCACCCAAGAUCGGAUACAUAUAUGUUCAAAAGCACAUCGAUGCCAAAGAUUACGCAGCGGAUAUUCACAUUCUUGAUCAGCAAGGCAAUCUUUUGGCAAUGGUUCAAGGAAUGAGACUAUCAGAUCUUGUCAAUUGCGCGGCCGAGGACAGCGGAAGCCUAGUCCAUCAGCUCGUUUGGGUGCCGCCAGCAUUCAAAGAACAGCCACGAGACUUAACGCACGUUAUAAUGGUAUCCAGCGAUUUGACGCUGCUUGAAGCUUAUAGCACACAACUCAAAAAUAAAGUGACAAGGGUUACAUGCCGUAAUAGGGUAGUGGAACUCUCCGAUCUUUCAGCUGCGCUUAGCGAGAAGGGAACCAUAGUCGUCUAUGCUCCUCCAGCAAUCGAAUCAGCGGCACAGGUUGCAGAUGCUACAGAGGAAUUCAUUUGGCAAACUGCUAGCAUUGUCAAAGCUUUAGCAAAUAUUGGCCAGUCUGUGCUUGCCAAGUUCUUUGUGCUCACCAAUCGUGUAUUCUCUGGAGAAUCUGUCACAAGUCUCGCUCAUGGAGCGCUUUACGGGCUGGCACGAAUCAUUGCAUCGGAACAUCCAGAUAUCUGGGGAGGACUAAUAGACAGCGAGUCAUCAAGCGAUUUUCCAAUGCUGGCCAUUAGAUAUGUCGACGACUAUGACAUACUUCGGAUCAAUGAUGGUCUUCCCAGGCGAGCUAUAAUGAGGCGCCUGUUGGAAAGCCAGAAGCAUGCACCCGGGAUAGCUAACACACUGAUGCCGAAACCAGAAGGAACCUACAUCGUCACUGGAGGCUUGGGCGACUUCGGCUUAGAGACCUGUAACUUUUUGAUUGAAAAGGGGGCUCGCAAUGUUGUGAUUGUUUCUCGCCGCGGUCUACCCCUUCCCAACUACCAGUCAAUCCUUGCCGCUGACGAUGCUAAGCUUGACGCUGUGAUCAAUCGCAUUCGAGCGUUUGAAGCUCAAGGAGCCACUAUACACACCCUAGCACUCGACAUCACUCUGCCGGACGCCGCUGAUCUUUUGCUAAAAGCAAUCAGAGCACUCAACAUUCCUCCUGUACUAGGAGUAGUCCACGCCGCUGGCGUUCUUGAGGAUAGCUCUCUUGUUGAAACAACCCGCGACUCAUUCGCUCGUGUUCUAGCUCCAAAAGUUAAUGGCGCACUCGCGCUUCAUAGUGCCUUUCCACCUGGGUCGCUAGACUUCUUCAUCAUGUAUUCGUCUAUCGGACAGCUUGUUGGCACGGUUGGGCAGGCGUCAUAUGGAUCUAGCAAUGCUUUCCUGGACGCCUUGGCAACACAUAGACGCGCACAAGGUGAUAAUACCGUCGCGUUUCAGUUCACAGCUGUCCGCGGUCUCGGUAUGGCCACUGGCACUAGUCUUCUGAUGACAGAAUUGCGCAGCAAGGGUAUUACUGAUAUUACAGCGGGUGAAGCUUUCCGAGCUUGGGAGCAUCUCGGUCGCUAUGAUGUCGAGAGCGCUGUUGUCACGCGCUGCUUGCCUCUACUUGAGGGAGAACCUGCUGCUAUACCGCUACUGGAGGAUAUUGUGGUGCGGCGGCCCAGGAUAAAGCUCAAGGGCUUGGAAACAGCAGCCAACAGCAUGGCUACAGUCACUACCAAUAACGACACGAUUGACGACGGAACUGUGCCGGCUCAUCCACUAGAUAGAGAGAAGUGGGUUGACAAACGAGUUCGCGAAUGCGUUGCGAGAGUUUUGAUGAUGGAUGACAUUGACGACAUUGGUUUACAGACUCGACUCUCAGAUCUGGGAUUGGAUAGCGUUAUGACAGUGGCGCUGCGACAGGCUUUCCAGGCUGUAUUCAAGAUCAAAGUGCCCCUCACUUUAACGUGGAGCCACCCUACACUAAAACACCUUGUCCCUUGGUUUUUAUCCCGACUGAGCAAAUAA